CCUCCAGUUUGUUUGCAGGCUGCAGUACCACUGUUUAACGGAGGGUGGCAGCAGCGCGCGAGGUGACGCUACACUACCAAGAAAUACACCCCCGAAGAAGAAGAGACACCAGUGCAUCCCUCUGAGAUAUUUAAUCGCACUGCUGCAGUGAAGCUGUGAAAAAUGGACACCAGAGCUCUGAGGAAUCCGUACGGCGACUAUGAUGGGAGCCCUCAGUGCACGCAGGCUCUGUUUGACAAUCAUGGAAAGAUCACAUCAGAGUUCGCCCAGCGGCUCAGUGGGAAGAUCAACGAGCUGUUAGCUGUCAUGGAGAACGGGCUGAAGUCUGCAGACCCGAAAGACUGCACUAGCUACACCGGCUGGGCAGGGAUCGCUCUGCUCUACCUGCACCUCCACAAUGUCUUCAACAACCCCUCCUGCCUCCAUAAAGCUCUAGAAUACGUCGAGCACAGUCUGAGGUGCCUGACCCGGCGUCAUGACAUCACCUUCCUGUGCGGGGAUACUGGACCGCUGGCUGUCGCUGCUGUGGUCUACCACCGCCUGCAGAGGGUGCAAGAGACCGACGAGUGCAUCAACAGACUGCUGCAGUUUCACCAGACUGUAGUGAAAGGAUCGGGCGGGCUGCCUGACGAGCUGCUCUACGGGAGGAUGGGAUACCUCUACUCCCUCGUCUUCAUCAACCAGCAGCUCGGGCAGGACCGCAUCCCUCUGCAGUACAUCCAGCAGAUCAGCGAGUCCGUGCUGGUGUCGGGCGAGCACCUCAGCAGGAAGUUCAGGGUGCAGAACCAGAGCCCCCUGAUGUACGAGUGGUAUCAGGAGCAGUAUGUCGGCGCCGCCCACGGCCUGGCCGGCAUCUACUACUAUCUCAUGCAGCCCGGCUUCGUCAGCUCGGAGGAGUACGUGCACCGGCUGGUGAAGCCCAGCGUCGACCACGUCUGCCGCCUCCGGUUCCCCUCCGGAAACUACCCUCCCUGCAUCGGGGAUGACCGGGACCUGCUGGUCCACUGGUGCCACGGAUCUCCUGGGGUGGUCUACAUGCUCCUGCAGGCAUACAGGGCCUUCGGAGUGCCUCACUACCUGGACGCAGCGCUGCAGUGUGGAGAGGUGGUGUGGCACUACGGCUUGCUGAAGAAGGGCUACGGCCUGUGUCACGGCGCGGCAGGGAACGCCUACACCUUCCUGGCCCUCUACCGGCACACUCGAGACCCCAAGCACCUUUACAGAGCCUGCGUGUUUGCAGACUGGUGCAUGAACUACGGCAGACAUGGAUGCCGAACGCCAGACACUCCCUUCUCCCUGUUCGAAGGCAUGGCCGGCACCAUCUACUUCUUGGCCGACCUCCUUGACCCGAUGAGAGCGAGGUUCCCGGGCUUCGAGGUGUAAACGUCUCGCCACAGGUAGCCCCUCCACCACCCACACUGCGCAGGGGGGUGAAACACAACCCGGAAGAAGACGCACACUUCUUGCUCUCUGCAUGAAAACACUUCAUGUCGUGCCAUGUUGUUCCUGCUCUUUCUCUCCUGGGACGUAUUAUUAACGGGAUAAUUCCAACACUCGCAGCUCAAAUGCAUAAUUAUCUUGAACAUGCGUCGACAGGGAGAGCUUCUCUAGUUUUCUUGUUUUGUUUUUUUUUGUUUUGUUUCGUGUAUAAAUGUAACUCUUUGCUUUAUUAAUUCCUGCUCAGAUUUUGUUGUUUGAAGGGUCGAGGCAAAACUGUGAGGAAAGUAGUUUUCAAUUUUUUAAUUGUGGGGAAAUUAAGAUUGUGUUUUUGGUUUAGUACCUAUAUACUUUAUAAACUUAGGUUUGUUUAAAAAAAAAAAAAGGACAUGGAUGCUUUAGUUUGCUCUUGUCAACGGCAAAGCUCGUUCCAAUGUACUAAAUAUAAAAGAGUAAAGGCUGUGUCAUGUGUUAAGGGAUUAACCCCAGAGUGUAAACUGUUGCCUGUCCUUUGCACUGUCUGAGCAAUAAAUCAUGUGUCUUUUUACAGCUGC